AUGUUAUCUAAAACAGUUUUACUUAAAAGAAGUUUCCAAUUUCGCUUUAUUUCAACUUCAAUUGCAACACAACCCAUUGAAACAAAACCAAUCUUGGAUAUAUCUACAAAUGUUCAUACUAAUGACGAAAUAGAAUCCAAAGAUGAUAAGAAAUUUAUCACUCAUUCAAUGUAUCCCCAUCCAGGUUAUUCCAAAGAAAGUUGUCAAAAUAUAUUCUUUUCACAUAGGGAACCAAGAACUUUAGGUGAUAAAAUUGCAUUCAGUUUAACUUAUGGAACUAGAAGAUUAUUUGAUUUUAUUACUGGUUAUAAAGACUUAAGCUCAGAUGAUGUUUUUCAACAUGCAAAUACAAGAUGGUACAUGACUGAAUCAAAAUGGUUAAGUAGAAUAAUUGUAUUGGAAUCAGUUGCAAGUUGUCCUGGAGCAGUAGCUAGUUUUCUUCGUCAUUUGCAUUCAGUUAGAUUAUUGAAACGAGAUAAGGCAUUUAUUGAAACAUUACAAGAAGAAGCAUAUAAUGAGAGAAUGCAUUUGUUAACAUUUAUUAAAAUUGGUACACCUAGUUGGUUUACAAGAUUGGCGAUAUACAUUGGACAAGGAAUAUUUACCAAUCUUUUCUUUAUUAGUUAUCUUAUCAGUCCAAAGAAUUGUCAUAGAUUCGUUGGAUAUCUUGAAGAAGAAGCAGUUAGAACAUAUAGUCAUUUAUUACAUGAAUUAAAUGUACCUGGUCGACUUUCAAAAUUUGAAAAUUUAAAAAUACCUACAAUUGCUUAUCAAUAUUGGAAUGAAUUAAAUCCAAACUCAAGUUUUAAAGAUUUGAUUAUGGUUGUUAGAGCAGAUGAAGCUAAACAUAGGGAAGUAAAUCAUACAUUUGCAAAUUUACAAAAGAAUGAUCGAAAUCCAUUUAGUGGAUUACAUAUUGAGAAUUUUGAUAAACCACAACCAAGUUUAAAAUUGGAUAAUACUAGACCUACUGGAUGGGAAAGGAAAGAUUUAUAUUUAUAA